AUGUUGUUGAUGUCAGUGAAAGCAGACAAGCACCACGGUUAGCAGAGGUUCUGACAUUCCAGUUCUUAAUAGUUUCAUAUGCUUUCUCAGCUGAUGUUAUUUGUAAAGAUCUGUUAUCCUUUGAUUUUUAUGUCAGUCGGUACUAAUAAUUUUAUUUUUGUGUGUGUUUUCAUAUCUCAUCAUUGGUAUUAUUUGUAUAUCUACUGUAGGCCCUCAAAUUCAAGAGGUUUUCUUUGUUGGGCUGGAGUGAUGGUGGCAUAACAGCACUAAUUGCAGCAGCCAGAUACCCAUCACUAAUCCAUAAACUUGUUGUCUGGGGAGCCAACGCCUAUGUGACGGAAGAGGACCUCCAGCUUUAUAAUGGUAAAAGUUGUGGUUCACCUACCAUCCUGUGUCAAUUAUACAAUACUGCCAAGUUCAGUUUUAAUGAAAUGUGUGGGGUUAUGUUUGUCAAUGUUUUUCCAGUUUGUGAGUAAUUUAUGACUGGCCUAUUUUUAUUUUUUUCUCUACUAUCCUUUCUUCCACGACCUUAAUGAAAGAUGAAUUUUCUUCAGGAAGUCCUUGUUGUAUUUUGACGAAAAGAGAGGGAUGGUUUUGCAUUUUUAAGUGGUUUCAAUACUGUCUCUGGUACAAGCCGUACAUUAAAUUGUAUCCCAACUAUGGCAAUGGUGCAUGGACAUAGGCAACCAGUGGCACUAAGGUCUCCAGGAUUGAUCGACACCAUGUGGUGCGGUGUAAAUGUUGCAAGCAUGGACACUUGAUAAGCCAUAACCGCUUUUUCAGGGGGAUUUGUGGCGUCAGUAUACAACAAACCGUUGAAGGGAAGAACAUGUUUAAAGGGACACUAUAGUCACCAAAACAACUUUAGCUUAAUGAAGCCGUUUUGGUAUAUAGACCAUGGCCCUGCAGCCUCACUGCUCAAUUCUCUGCCAUUUAGGAGUUAAGACACUUUGUUUAUGAACCCUAGUCACACCUCCCUGCAUGUGACUUGCAUAGCCUUCCUAAACACUUCCUGUAAAGAGUCAUCUAAGGUUUAUCCUUCCUUUAUUGCAAGUUCUGUUAAAUUUAGAUUUUCAUAUCCCCUGCUAUGUUAAUAGCUUGCUAGACCCUGCAAGAGGCUCCUGCAUGUGAUUCAAGUUCAAUUUACAGAGCAAGAGAUACAAUUGUUUAAGGUAAAUUAUAUCUGAUUGAAAGUGAAACCCUUUUUUUUUUUUCAUGCAGGCUGUGCCAAUCCCAGCCAGGGCAGGUGUGGCAAGGGCUGCAGAAACAAAGUGAUUUAACUCCAAAAUGGCAGUGAAUUGAGCAGUAAAACCUGAGAGGCAUGAUCUAUACUAAAACUAAAACUGUUUCAUUAAGCUAUAGUGUUCCUUAAAUGGAAGCAUAAGGUGUGGAGCGCGAUCUUGGCAGUUAGUAUUGAUUGUGGAUCAUAAACAUGAUUUGCUAUAGAAGACCGAAUUAGUAGAAGCAUUAUUAUGAAUAGCACAUUACAGAGAUAAUCUGGGUGGAAAGGAGCAUUGAUGCACAGAAUGUGUGAAUGGAGACUGAAAUGAAGUGAGAAACGUGUUUUAUUUUUCUUAUUUAUUCUUGUUAUCCGAGCAUGUUGUGGGGGCUGGAAUGGCCUUGUAUAGAGGCUGAUGUAAUGAGGCACCGCUGAUGUUGAUGAUGGAAUAGAGAGGAAACAGGAAGCUAAUGUGCAUGGUGAUGUUAUCGAAAGGUAAGGAUAGGAAAAACAUGGAAAGCAAUAGGAAAUACCCUGAAGUGACUAGGUAAAACAAACAAAGAUUGUCUGUAUAAAAGAAGAGAAAUGAAAAUGUAUUUGGCGAUUUUGGAUCUAUUUGUAGAUUUAUUUUAUAUAUAGAUAUAGUGGUAAAACAUGACUUGUAUGUUUCACUUCAUUGUUAAAUGAGGGACCCAAGCAAGCUAGCUGCUUGUACAGUUGUGUUACCUACUCGGUCCAGCAUAUGGUCAAACAGUCCUACAUUGCAGAAGUUCAAUAUGGAUUACUAUAGCAUUUAAAGGUGAAGUGGUAUAUUCUCUCUUCUGCAUACACUGCAUCCGCUAGUAAAAACUGUUAUUUAGGGCUCUUGUGCUGUUGUACUUAUUUUUUUUACUUCAAUCACAAACAUAACUCUGAACCAGCCUAAAGGUAGAGACUUAAAGAGUAUUAGAUAUAUGCUGUCUCCCAUGGAUUUAUCUCUUAAAAAACCACAAAGCAUUGAAAGGGUUAACUGUACAAUCCGCAAGAGUCCCAAGUAAUUUUUACACUUUUAAUGCAAUUCCGUUGGCAAAACAGGCACCACCUAUAACAAAUGUAUUAUUUAAAUUGGCUGCGAACAUGAUCUACCUUUUUAAAAUAGUAGUUUUGAUAUCCUUCUGGGUUUUUUUCACAGCUGUUAAAGAUGUGUCAAACUGGAGUGAGGCGAUGAGAAAACCGAUGGAGGAUCUGUAUGGAAAGGAGUAUUUUGCCAAGACAUUCAAAGCGUGGGUUGAAGCAAUGAGUAAUAUUACCAGCAAACCUGAUGGUAAAUGUUAACACAUAAGAAUUAAAAUAAGUGUAAAUCAAUAGAGUGUUUGUUUGGCGUGGGGCUCUUGUAGUGCCUACAGCCCAGCCACUCAUAUUCCACUUAUCUUUACACUAAUGCAGAACAAGUGUAGCACGAAAGCAGUGAAUAGUGAUGCUGUUGAGGGGGAAUUAGGAGCUAAGUCUUGUAUAUUUAGAUUUUUAGGUGGUGAGAGGCCAUCCUGAAAGAAAUGCCAGAUAAGGUGUUUCUGUGGUUCUUCCAAAAUAUAACUUUUAGCCUAUUUGUUGCAUUUAGUAAAACCUGCAUUAUUGACUUUGAAUUUAAAUACAUAUAUUUGUGCAAUAAGGCUAUGGAGAUGAUAGUUAUUUAAGAGCUAUUGAACUGCAGAAAAUAUUAAUCACAAAUGAUAUAAUUGGUUUAUACAGCAGGUAAUAUUUGUCGUCAUUUGCUGCCCUUCAUUGAGUGUCCAACACUUAUCAUACAUGGAGAGAAAGAUAUGAUGGUCCCAUCUUUUCACCCCCAUUUUAUCCACCAGCAAAUUAAAGACUCCAGGUGAGCAAGUUACAUAAAUGGUCUUUUCCUAAUAGCACUAUGACAAUAUUUGAUUGAAUUGAAUGCGAUAAAACAACAUUUUGAAAAAUACCGUCCUUUUCUUUUCCUGGCAAAUAUCCAUGUCAGGAUCACUCUAGUGGGUUAAGCUGGUCCCUCUCAGCUGAUAGGACAGGACAAUAAUUUAAAAUAAUGUAUGUAAAGGAUCCUUAAAACCAGCCUUCAGGAACCACUUUUCUUGGCACUUUAUAUACAUUUUAAAUUGUAGCUGUUAUUCAUCCUUGUAUAUUUGGUAUUGCUGCCGGCAUACCUUUCCUGUAGCCAAAGGGAAUUUUAAAGUUAUUUGAAAGAGCUGCUUUAGGGAGAAGGAUUUUUUUUUUUAUACAUAAUUUUAAAUUAAAGGGACACCGUAGGCACUGUAUCUGCUUCAUCUCAUUAAACUGGUUAUAGUGUCUGGAGUCUUCUGGUCCCAUCAUUUCUAUAAGCAUUAAACAGUUUUUAAAGUUUUAAUGCUAAAAAGAGUCCCCGGCAAUCCAUCCCCUCUGUGCUGCUUUGGCUAAUAAGGAAGUAUUAGCCUGAGCAGUAAUGGGCAGCUGUGAUUGGCUGAGAGUGUCAGCUGACUGCUUUUAGCCUGUCAGAGUUCCAACUGACGGUAUGAGUGGGUAUGACAACAAGGAAGUGUGUAAUCUCUGCCUUAGCUACACAUACUGAAGGGGCCGGACUGUGGGUGGCCAGGGACUCUUAUUUUGUGGAAUACUGCAUGAACAUGGUGCAACACUGAAUGGAGGGACAGUGCCAGGGUACUCCAGGCACUAUAACCAAUUCAAAGAAAUGAAAUGCUUAUAGUGACUACAGUGUCCCUUUAAGGGAGAAGGAUUCUUUUUAUACAAAAUUUUAAAUGAAUUAUUCCUGUCCUAUUAGCUGAGAGGAUGGAGCUUAACCUAUGAAACUGAUCCUGACAUGGAUUAGCCAGGAAAACAAAGUAUCUGUCAAUCUUUGAUGGCAUUCCUUAGUCCUUUGUUGAGGUUGCGUUAUCUGGGAUUCUUUGUGAUUGACAGUUUUGCACCAGUUACUAAAUAAGAGCUAGACAAGUGCUAAUGCCCCUAGCUGACUCUGUUGUGUUGCUAUUUGGCACCACAAGGAGGAGCAUUUAUCAUUUAACUUACCAAGCCCUUAGUGAAGCAUCUAGGUUUUCUUGCAUACAUACGCUGAUGUUGGCCCAUAGCACUUUAACAAGCAGCUUACAGGCAGUCAUCUUGUCUUCAUUACCAUUGGCUUAUUACAGUUAGUUAGAAAUCUUACAGAGAGAGAGAGCAAACCAGUGUGCCUUUAAAUUACAUAGGUUUACAUGCAACAUUGCAAAUAAAGGGAAGAAGGCAUGAAUCACUUGUAUUAUGAUGGGAGGGAGAGUUGAAUGUAUGUCAGGACAAGUCCCAGUUUUCUCUGACACUAAAACAGGAGAUCAGUGUCUGUGUGAUGUCAUGCUCUAAUCAAUACCCAUGAGCAUUGCAGAAAGCAUAUUAAUGCUAAUCAAUAGUAUAGGAAGGGCUGUAAAACCACUGUGGAGGAUUUUGGACUCCCUAUAUUCACUAUAUUUUCCAAAUAUAUUUAAUCUAUCCAUGAGAUGGUAGUUGAUCAUGCAAUAGGACCAUGAUACAAAACUGUGUUAAGUUAUCUUUGGGGAUGCAGAAGACAGGAAUUGCAAGGUUGGAGUACUCAAGGAACUCUCAUACUUAUUGGGAAAUCCAAUUUCAAAGACCAGGGUAAUCCAAAGAGCCAAACCAGAUAGUCCAACAAUAAGAAAUCAAGGGAAUAUUCUGAAAAAAAAUGAAGCCAGUGAUGAAGUUGAUAAUCCAUACCUGUGGUCAUAUAGCAAUUCAAAGAGUCACUUUAGGUAGCAUGGGUUCUAAGGGUUAUUCUCUAAAGUGAGAAUUCAAAUUGAAUUUCAAAUUUAAGGCCAGACUGGAAGCAAAUCUGAAUUAGAGCAUGUUUCCAUUUCUGCUAUUUUGACCUUAAAUUUGAAAUUAUCUUUGAAUUCUCACAUUAAUAUGUAACCCUGAAUGUGUUCAACAUAUAAGUAGUGUUUAUAGUUCACACUAUGGUAGCAUUAAUGCUUCUGAACACUAUUAAAGGAACACUUCGCAACAGUGAAGUUAUGUUGCCUUGAGGUCCUGGGCACUAUUUUGCCUAAAGGGGUUAAUCCACUUACGAAUGGUUAAACCCCUAAGUUGUAUAUUCAGCACUCACUAAUACUAACCUUAUGCACACUUUGAGGAAACUAGUGAUAGGCUGAGAGUGUCAGCUGAUUCUCUUAGUCUAUCACUGGUGCCCAGUCCAAGGCGUUAUCAUUGUAGCCAAGAACUUUGCUUGAAGAAGAAAGGCCUGCGAUGACAUGUGCCGUCUACACAACUUUGGGUUUAAACCAUUUGUAAAUGGUUUAACAUCUUAAAGGGACAUCCAUCACUAUGAGACAGUUGUCUGAUUCACAAGCUUUAGCUUUGAAAGAGACAGUUGCCUUACUCUGCAUACUAAAAAAAGACAGGUAAAUAUGACUUUAUUUUCUCCUCCAUGUGUACCUGCUGCUUCUAUCUUAUGGUUUCUAUACCAACUCCAGGGGGGACAAUGAUCUAACCAAUUGGUGCCCAUGCCUGACUGAUUUACACAUGUGCGGUUGAAAGAUCUCUCCAACUUGCAACAAACUGACAGGGAGAGAAUUGAUGAUGUCUGAUUAGUCAGACAUCUAAUUGGUCAUGUCUCAUGAAGGAGAUGAGAGGCACAAGAAGCUGCACUAUAUAUCAUUACAAUAAAAUAAACCUAGCUGUGGCAGCCCACAAGGAAGAAAAGAACAUGGAAAUUGAGCUAUUAGUCCAUCAGGUACCAAAGCUCCUGAGACCUAGAUAAUACUGAUCUUCAUCUUAUCUUAUGAUAGCUUACUUAGAUCCUGGAGGCCUACCCUGCCCUAUUAGAGAUAACAAAUAGACUUUUUUGACAUAGGGUAAUAAAAAGAUCACAGUAGAACCAAAGCAUAUCAUCAAGAACAUUCCAUUAUUUUGCAAUCAUUUUUAAGCACAAUUUUACAUUGAGCACAAUUUUCUUGUAGCUGAAAUAAUAUGGCCUAUGAAAACAGAGAUGAGAUCCUUAGAAGAUAAAACUUGAAGCUCCGAUAUAUGCUUGUCUAAAGCCAGAAUCCCUAGCUAACCAUGAUGGUGAGAAAUGCAGAGAAAUGGAUUCUAAAUACUCAAAAGUAGGUGUCUUCAGAGCUUAUCUACCUGAUUAGACAGAGACCAAGAUAAAAAAAAAAAACAUAAUCCUUGAAAAGGGAGUAGAAGUGAAAUGCUACCUGGCUUGGAAAAACUGUAUCCAUAACUGCAGAGAAGAAACUUACCUUUACAAUUUCAUUGUCUUCAGGAAAGGACAAGGUGGGUCUGGAUAAAGAGCUGGUCCUUGGAAGAGAAGGACUGAAAUUCUCUGGUAAUCACAUGUAAUUCUGUGCCUAGACUUAGAAAAAAGGGAACCCAUCGUUCAUUCGAGGAGAGGUGGAAAUACUUACUCCAGGAUGAAUUGUUAUAUGGAUAGUAGGGCGUUUGUAUUAAAAGACUGAGGGUCAACAUUUGAGAGAAGAACUCGACAAACUUGUUGUUGCGAGUCGCCAUAGAACCACAUUGGUGAUGCUGCGAGUAGCCAUAGACGGCUUAGAAGGCUUCAUUUGAUUGGUACCAAUCCCCAAGCCUACUACGGCUUGGCUGAGGAAGAUCAUCAUAGAAUACUAUUGUUAUACCCAAGAUGAAUAGCUGACAGAAUUCAAAGUUCUGUUGAGCCCAUGACCUCAGAGGUUCCAUGAUACUCAUUAUAUUGUGAAUCCGAGUAUCCCCUUGAUCAAGCAUGUCAAACUCAAAGGGUAGCACGGGCCAAAUAAACAACGUUUAAGUUUCUGUGAGCCGCAAAAAAAAAAAACUUACAUUUUCAUAGAAACAUAGGUUUGUUUUGAAAAGUACAGAAUAAAAAAAAAAAAAACGCAUCCCCCUCUACUAAACCCCAGUUCCCCCUGUGACAAACUAAGCCUCGUCACGUGUUCUUGGAAGGGCCGGCUGGUUGGCCUCUUACCAAAAGACUAUGGGCCCUUUAAAAACCUAUGUGAACAGACUUGGUUCAUGGGAUUUUAUAUUUGGUUUGGGAACCGAACAGCCACACAAACCGGAGACCACCAUGGAGCUUGUUAAGCCUAAUUGCUACUUUGUAGCAAUUUCCACUGCAGUGUUCUAAGUGUUAGUUUGGGUGGCCGCAAUUACUUUGGAUGACUACAAGGUGGCGGCCAUCUUGUUCGCAUGAAAGCAGGCAGCGGUGUUUGGGCAUGAAUCUCAUGGAACUGAAAACGGACACAGAAACUCCAGAACGCCGCUGGACUUCCAGCAUCACCUGCGUUCAUUUCUACAACACUUAGAAAGGCGCUGUUCAGUGGAAACGUUACCAUGUACAAAGGGAACAAGCUCCAGGGUAAGACUAUUGACUUUGUUCGGUAGUUUAUUCGUUUUUAAACUACCGAACUAGACUGACCGCAAUCCCUGAUUCUCUGGAACUUUUUGGGGCAUGGGACCAUGCGGGAGGUCGGUCAAAUUAUGACUUCCAGGAAAUUCCUGAACCACUGAACUGAUCUGGGUGAUUUUUGGAUGUAACUUUUGUGGGGAUUUUGUGUUUUAGGGUAUCUUUGUUUUGUUUUUUUAAAUUGUGUGUUUUGUGCCUGGAGAUAAUUGAGUUUAAUACAGUGCUUGACUCAAUUAUCUCCCAGGCAUAGGGGAGGGAUUGACCUAUUUUGUAUGGGAGUGUCCUGGUCCUGAGAGCCAAUGUAAUCGUGUGUAUGUUAUUACUGUAGUCUGCUCUCAGGUCCAGGGGGGAGUGCAUAAAAGGCCAGUUGUGGCAGCAAUUAAACAGAUUCGUUUUACCCUUCAUGAAGUCUAGGCUCAUGUUUGGGGGGAUUGGAGAGCUAUAUUCACUCUUGGGAUUGCUAUAAUCACUAUAAUCACAACGAUUGCUCUUGUAAAAGCAGCCUGCUUUGCUCUCUGGACUGGUGGGUGGAGGACAGUUAGAGCCCAACCAAGCUGCGGUGGUUUGUGGGGUUUAUAGUGGUUAUGGUGUCUGGUGCGGUGCUUAUGGUAGUCAAGGAUUACUAGGAAGCAGUGAUUGACGAAGGUACCCAGUCGGGGUGCCAGGCGGUCUGUCACACCCCCCUCUAUACUAGUUCCCAGUCCCCCUCUCUAUACUAAAUCCAAGUCCGACCGUCCCCUACUAAAUCGCAGCACCUCCCUCUACUAAACCUCGGCGCAUGUUUAAAAAAAUAAACAAUAGUAGCCAACAAGCAGACUCCACUCACUUUGCCACUGCCAGUAUGCGACUCUGGAGGCUAGCAACAGGUAUACCACCAAUGGCACCAUCCGCACACUGUGCCAAAGCAGAUCCUCCCGCUAUUCCUUGACCACCUGUGAAGGUGGAGCACGUUGACGUCAUGUCGGAAUGUGGCGUUGCGUGCCUCCAUGCACCUCCAGGUUCCCCACUGUCCAGCUGUGGCCAUCGCAACACUGACCAACACACACUCACUGACAGACACACGGUCACUCACUGACGGACGCACACGCUCUCUGACAGACACACACACACACUGGCGGAACUACCGGGGUCGCAGCUGAGACUGGGCCCGUUGCUCAAGGGGGCCCAGGUGCCCGCAGCCAUGUGUUCUGGCAUGCGCUGGAACCACAGUGAAGGGACCCAUCGAGUGACCCAUGCUGUUAGGGCCACCAGAUAGCAAUGAAUGACCCCAGGGAAGUCAAAACAUUUUGUAUAUGUGUUUGUAUGUAUGUAUGUAUGUGUGUGUGUCUUUGUGCAUGUCUGCAUGUUUAUCUGUUUGUCUGUAUGUGUGUGGGGGGGGGGGAUGUAUGGGGAGGCCCCAGGGCAAUUUUUUCACCUUGGCCCCAUGGUUUCUAGUUACGCCUCUGUGCGCACACACACUCACUCUCUGACAGACACACACCACACACACACUGGCAGUCAGACACAUUCUUGCACCCACAUCAUUUUGUUUAUUGUUCCGUACCUUUGGGAGUCGGUGUGAGGCCUCUCCCUGUAGGUAAGUGGGGAUCUUCUCUCGGGAGGUCUCCUACCUGCUCCCUCAUGCGCGCAGCAUAUUUUGGCACCCAGCAUCACUACAGAGGGCGCACGCGAGCAGUGAGGAGCAAGAAGACUGAGCUCCCUCACUGCCACCAGCAACUUCUCCUUCCCAUACAGGUACAUUUUAGCAGAGUAGUUACCUGCAAUGGGGGGAGAGCAGGUGCCUACUCCGCCUUAGUAAGCAUGUCAAACUCGUGGCUUGCCGUGCCGCAAAGAUAUUCAAGUGACAGCAGUCAGGAUCCCUGAAUCCCCCUGCACUCCUCCCCCCUUGUCAGUGUGGAUCAUCCCGGCAAACCCUCACAGGCUUUACUUGCCUAACUCCAGCAUAAUCGUGCAUCUUGUGUGCUCCUCUUGCACACGCUCGGUCUUGCCAUCUGAAGAUCGCAGACACCUUACCUGCUGCCACUACACGCUGCCUGCAGGAGACGAUCCUAAAGCGACUAGACAACCUCUUUCGUGAAUUAUGGCUGAAAUUGAAGCUCAGACAGGUUCAGAUUUUGGAGGAGGGAAGGUGAGACAGCAUUCCUCAAGUAUCACCCUCCGAAGCUCAGCACCCUAUGGCUUGCUUUGAUCGGAGGCCAUCAUUUGCUAUCUGUCAAAGGGAACCACAAGUCCACCUACACUUCUGGAGGAAGCUGUCCUCCCAGCUACUUGUGCCUCCUCCCCAAGCUCCACACAACCACUCACCUGGGAGUCUUCCCCGACCGCUUUGGAUCCGAUCUGUGGCACUGGAAGAGUGCGCAGAAGGCGGAAGAAACAGUGCCUGCAGCUCACGAGUGGCGUGGGGUACAAGCCUGCAUCGGAGCUAGGCGCAUUCAGAGCCAGCGAGAGCCUCAAGCACGAAGCAGCAUGGAGAGGAAAGCAAAAGGAGCCGGGGGAGGUAACCUACUAUCUGAGAACUGCAUUGACCACAGCUCUGCAAAUAAGCCAUCCAAAUCACCAUUCUCUGGGCCUGCAUCCUGCCCUUAGCAGGCAUAGGCUGAAUACCCAGAGAUGAACAUUCUACACAUCUUACCACCACACUCAGCCAGGAGGCAUCAUGGUGGGGUUAAGAUGCUCUAGCUCCUUAGCUUAAUUCUCUGUAAUGGCAUGUCCCACUCCACCUUCCCCCCACCUAAUAAAUGUUUUAUUGUUUAGUUGAUAACACACACUAUGUCCCAUUGUAUCGUGGACAUUUACCUCUGGAACCAUCUGGGGUGGCACCACACUCAUGCCUUUAGCCUUGCAUAAUUUACUACAAUUUACUAUAUUCCGGUUUGCAGUAUACUUAUGCAUAUGUUUACUGUCCUUACUUUCUUAAUUAUAAAAUGUGAUGACUACUCUUAAGAGCUAGGGUUUUACCGUACACUGUCUCUAACUCGCUUAACUGAAUUGUCCUAUGCUGGUAAUAAUUAUAUUGUACUAUUUGUCGCCAUCACAAUAAAAAUUUGAUUAAAAAGAUAAAUAAAAAAUAUGAUCCCUUACCCCAAUGGCUGAUGUCUGUAGAGAAAACACACCAAGGAAUCUCUCCCAGUGGAGGAAAAAACAAACCCAAUUUAUUAGUAACCACUAUAUUGGGGACUGGCAAACACUAGCUGGAAUCCUGAUUGGCUGUAGAAGAAUGCCUGAACUGGAGAAGAAAUGCCUUGAAAUAUCCUCAUACUCCACUGUGCACACUUGUCAACUUAAGAGAAGACAUGGCCUCCAGGAGGUUCGUCACUUUGUCUGUCAAGGAAACAUAGACAACCAACAUUCUCUGUCCUUGCAAAAGAUCUGUUGGUCCUGAGAAAGUCAAACUGUACAAGUUCAGUGGUGAAAAGGCCUCCCAGAUUUGAAAUAGACUUGGGGGAGAGUCAAAUAAGUUAGGUGGCAUUAAUCUUUCAGGUAUUAAGAAUAAGUAACUAAUACAAAGCCAAAAGGAAGUUUAGUGAGAAGAUCUUUGGUUUGAAAUGCUCUUCUGGACUAUGAUGUUGGGGCAGAAAAAGCCUUGUUACCUUCUGCUGUUCUUUGAUGCAUACAUCCAUGUUUGCCAAACAGCAUAUCACCUGAAACUUCAAGGACGGAUCUUUGAAGAGGCCUCUGCGUAUCAAGAUCUAAUCGAAAGAGCCUUUCAAGUAGCGACAGAAAGGCCAUCUUUCUGGCUCGGGCAUAAAUUAUAUCAGUUGAAGCCUCUGAGGUAAAGACCACCAUAUUGCCACUGCUGGAUGAAAAGCUUGUGCCAGCUGCCACAUAAGCUUUAAAAAGGUUAAAAUCCAUACUUUAGUCCACAGAGCCUCACAUAGAACCUGCAAUAUUAACAAGAAAAGUGGUAUUUUGGUUAACCUUACCACUGCAGUGUCCAAUUAGGGGUAGAGUCCAAGAAGAAACAUCAAAAGUUUUAAAUGAAAAAGACUUGAAGUAGUAGACCAUUCAUCUGGAAUUCAUAUCUGGACUCCUGAUAAUAAAAAGCUUAAGAAUAUAUCCUGCUGACUUAAAAUGGUUCAAAAUCAAAAAAGAAAAAAGGGCAAUAUGUCUUUAUAUGCACUACACCUUUAAAAUUGUCCAAUAGCAAUAAAAUAAUAAAAGCCAAAAAGGGCUUUAAAAUAGAACAAAACCCUCACCAAAAUGCUUUAAAGAAAAAAAGCUCAAUAUAACACCUUGAAGGAAAAAACUAUUUUGGAUCUUAAAAGCAUGUCAUAGAUGAUGAUAUAAUGCUCGUAAGAGAAACACAACUGUGCAUGCACGCAUCGACACGCAGACAGCAACAUGGCAGCUCCUGAAGCCUAGGGAAGGGGCAUGUGUGCCCACAGGACCACCAUGUGUGCAUUGUGUUUGUGUGAUAAGUGACUGUGUGAGUAUGAGGGUUACUGUCCAUGGGGAUAGUGACUGUGUGUAUGAGGGUGAUUGCCAUUUUUUAAUUAUAUUUUAUGAUUAUUUAGUGGAGUCCCCUCCUGCUUAACUUUUCUACAGUGAGGUGGGCUCUUGAUUCCCUGAUUGUCCGUUGGCCUCUGAAUGCCCCGUGGCUGCGAGAGCUUCUGCAGAGAGCUGCUUCCAACUGUCGCCUUUGGAAUCUUUGAAAAUAUAUCCAAUGACCAUUGAAUGUGACAGCUGCUUUAAAGGGACACUCCAGGCACCCAGACCACUUCUGCCCAAUUGGAGUGGUCUGGGUGCCAACUCCCACCACCCUUAAUCCUGCAAGUGUAAUUAUUGCAGUUUUCAUAAACUGCAAUAUUUACCUUGCAGGGUUAACUCCUCCUCUAGUGGCUGUCUACUAGACAGUCACUAGAGGGCACUUCCGUUUGUAUAGCACACAUUCUGUGUGCUAUAGUGUCACUGGACAUCCUCACGCUAUGUCACUGAAAUACCCAUAGGAAAGCAUUGAAAGCAUUUUUCAAUGCUUUCCUAUGGGGAAAUCUAAAGCUUGUGUGCGGCAUUGCCGCGCAUGCACUUUAGGUCUCCCCUGCCGGCUGGCGUCGGCGGAGGAGGAGCAUGGACGGACCCUGAACCAGCGCCGAGGGACAUCGGCGCUGGAUAUAGGUAAGUCACUGAAGGGAUUUUAACCCCUUCAGCAACUUGGGAUGGCUGGGUGGGAGGGAGAGGGGACCUGCAGUGCCAGGAAAACGGUUUGUUUUCCUGGAACUGGAGAGUCCCUUUAAGAAAGAAUAGUUUAAAAUUAUUGUACUGAAAACAGUGUAAGAGAAUGGGCAGAUUCCUGUCUAAAGGGGUGACACUAGAUACAAUCAUGUCGUACUUUUUUAAGCUAUGAAUUGAACUUUGAAUCUACUAUUUAGGAAUAUAUAAAGGAACACUAAAGCAUUUGGAAUACAGAUAGAUACAAAAGGAAUUACAUUUUUUGAAGCAUCGAGGCUCACUCAGUACUGCCUACUUCUCUGCCUUGUGCAUCAUCAAAGAGGAAUGAUUCUAUGCAUGUGACUGCCACGCGAGCAUCCAAGUUUCACUAUAGGAAAGCAUUUUAUUCAGUGCAUUCAUAUAGGCUAUUGCUUUACGUGACAACCAGUGAGUUAGAUUUAAACAUGUAAACAUGGCACUGAAAAAUCCUGUAUAUACUUUUUUUUUUUUUUUUUUUAAGUUCAAAUGGCUUUUAUUUGUGUCAUCGAAAAUGUACAACAGUGCGAUGGGAUUGCAAAAUAGGAGACACGCAGGUCUUGCAAAAUCGGGAACAGCAAUAUGAUUAUAAAUGAAUGUAAACCUAAACAAUAUUAACUGUUAGAAGGUAUUACAGUAUCAGUAUCAGUAAACACAACAUGUUACAUGCAUUCAAUAUGCAGACGUCUGCAUCUUAUGGUCAUACAUUAAGGGGUGAGUGUGUCACCUCUGGGUGAGCCAGGUAUUGACUGUGUAGUAUGUGGUCAAGAUUCGUCUGUUAUCAUAAUGAUUGCAUAUAGCCUAGGAGUAUCUUCUAGGCGGGUAGGGGCCACUAUAGCGUCUGUGGUAUAGCUAACCUGAAAGUUUAAUUCGUAGGGGGGACUCAUCAUCCCAUAUAAUAUUGCUAGAUAGUGGGUUUCCAUUGGGUCUUAUUACCUUUGACCGCGUACACCUUGCGCAGUUCCUGUUUUGUCGUACAGGUGGUAUGAUCAGUUGGGUCAGUCUAGAGUAGUGGGUGGUAGCGAGUUAGCGGAGCAUCCGUAUAACACCUGACACCCAAGCCUGCCAUACCCUCCUGUUUGGCUGCGGUUGAGACUAGUGCGCACGGUCAGUGAGGUCAGACUCUUGCGCGAGGGCAGGGAAAGAGAGCAAGUGGUGUAGAAAGGAGAACACGAAGACAGAGGAGGAUGAGGAAGAGAGAGGAAAGAUUAAAAAAAAAAAGGGAGGGGGGAUUCCGAGGAGCACCGGCGUUGUGCCCGUGGUAUUCUUGGAUCCAUGGUGUUCCGUGCAGUUCGGUGUCACCAGCUCUGGGGCGCGGUUGGAGGGUCCCAGUCCCCGUGCCCCGUCCCGCCAUGUAGGCCAGCCACGGCCGCCCCCUCUCAACAUGUUUCGCAUCCAUACCUAUCAAGAGGCAUGUAUCGAUUCCGCCCUGUAUAUCUCCUCCACCCCUUCCAUCCAUAGUCCAGUCGUCGGGGUUACAUCUUGCUUCCAGUGCAGCGGAAUCAAAGCCUUGGCGGUGUUCAGCAGGUGUCGGAGUAUGGAUUUUCUAUAUACCCCGAUGGUGUCUGUUGUAGAGUGUAGGAGAGCUGCCUUUCUGUUGAAUCUGCCGUCCGUCCCCAGUAUUUCCUCCGUUCGUCGUUUGAUAUGUAAGAUCGUUCCUUGUCCCUCUCCGCAUCUCCAGCAUGUGUCGGGUACUGCCGGGAAGAUUCUGUGCAGGCUUUCGGGUGUUCUGUACCAGAACGAUAGGAGCUUAUAAUUGGUUUCCUGAUAGUUGGAGCUAGAGGAGCAUUUGUGAUGUAGGACCAGGAUCUUUUCCCAUUGCGUUGCGGUGAAUGUGGUACCUAGAAUGCGUUCCCAGCGUCUGCGAAAGGUGUCUUCGUUCUCCAGGUGACCUACAAGGAGGUAUUGGUAAAUGAGGGAUGUUGACUUGGCUAGGUUGGUCCUUAGGUCACAGAGUGCCUCAAACCACGUCAGGUCUCUAUGUAGGGCUUCUCUGUGCGAUAUGGUUUGGUAGAAAUAUGUCAUUUGUGUGUAGCGGAAGAUUUGCAUUGUGGAUGGUUGGUCGUUGUCUAUCAAUUCCCGUAGUGGUAGUAUGCCUGUGUUAUUUAGCAUCUUAUAGAUGGGGAGGGAUUCUUCCCCACCUAGGAUACUCCAAAAUGUCGGCGGUAGCCCAUCUCCUAUCUGGCGGUUAUAUGGUAGCUGUAUCAUCACACUCGGUGUUUGAGACAGCUGUGGAAUUCUUCUGAUGCUGUCCCACUUUUUUACCGUCUGUGCCACAGUGGAGGUGCAGUCUAGUGGCAUCAGCGGGGGUCUCUUCGAGUUAGUGAGUGUGAUGAGAAGUGACGACCCCAUGUGGUUCUUAUCUAGUUCAAUCCAUUGUUUGUGUGCUGGGUGAGUAUGCCAUUCCAAGACCCGUUGUAGCACUGUAGCAUGAUGGUAUUUGCGGAGAUCCGGGAGUGCUGUUCCACCCCAAGCUCGUGGCAGGCAUAGGAUUUCUUGUCUGAGUCUCGCCUGUCCCCCACUCCACACGAAUCGUAUCAUAGCGGUCCUGAAGCGAUUGAAAGUAUGCUGUCGGUAGGCCUAGAGGUAUUGUUUGGUAGAGGUAUAGGAUCUGGGGCAGUAUGUUCAUUUUCAGGAUCGCUAUACGGCCGAACCACAAAAUAUAUGGUUAUGACCACGUCUGUAAAUCUCGCUGUAUUUUUUUUGUAGCAAGGGUAGGAAGUUCGUCCGAUACAUGUCUCCCAGAUCCCUGUUAAGGGCUAUGCCCAGGUAUUGCAUGUGGGUCGGGCACCAUCUAAAUGUACCUCACAUUUGGGUAUGUUCAGUUUAAAUUCCGAUAUCUCCCCAUAGGUCUCAAAUGUUGACAUCAAGUAUGGUAGGGUGGUAUUGGGUUUGUUGAUAAUAAAUAAAAGAUCGUCUGCAUACGCCGCUACUUUGUGGGUAGUGCCCUUGUCGGAGAAUCCUAGAAUCUCAUCUGUUCUGCGCACCACCUCCAGGAAUGGUUCAAGGGUGAGGGCGAAGAGCAUAGGGGAGAGCGGACAUCACUGCCGUGUUCCGUUCCGGAUCAGAAAGGGUUCGGUGAGGGCACCGUUCCCUCUUACUUUGGUACUUGGGCAAUGAUAUAGUGCUCCUAUCCACUUCAUUAUGUUCUCCCCGAAGCCCAUCUCCUGCAGCGUAGCCAUAAGGAACGACCAAUUUACCCGGUCGAAUGCUUUCUCAGCAUCUGUGGAGAGUGAGCCAGGUGUUGGAUGGAUUGGACCCUAAGAGAGCUACCCCUGGCCUCGCGUCCGGGUAUGAAUCCCGCCUGAUCUGGGUGGACCAGUUUCGGCAGUAGGCCUCCGAUCCUGGUGGAUAAUAUCUUGGUCAGUAGUUUUACAUCCACAUUGAGUAGGGAGAUCGGUCUAUAGUUGCUGCAUAUUUCGGGGUCUUUCCCUGACUUCGGGAGAACAGUGAUUAUAGCUGCCAGUGACUCCUGGUGGAAUUGAGCGUCCUCGAUGAGAGCAUUGAAUGCAUUGGUAAGUUUUGGGAUUAAGAUGUGUUGGAAUUUCUUAUAAUUUUCUAGGGUGAAGCCGUCUGGGCCCGGCGCACGACCUGUUUUAGCUGCUUUGAUCACUCCCGCCACCUCCCCCUCUGUUAUCGGGACCUCCAAGUCCUCUGAUUCCCCUCAUUGCAGUCUCGUCCCCACAUAGGUUUCACUGUAGUUCCUAUACGCUGUCUCAUUUGGUUGUGUCGGUUGUGGGACAUUAUAUAGUGAGGAGUAGUGAGAAAUUCCGAGGCAAUCUUAUCAGGAAAUUGUGUGAUUGUGCCAUCAGCUUGCCAUAGUCUGUUGACCUGGGCUAGUCCCUGAGGGCCUUUAAGCAUCCUGGCCAGUAGCCUCCCACCUUUGUUAGCAUGUUGAUAAAAGAAGGCCUUCGAGCGUUGCAAUGAACGGUAGUGACGGGUCGUCUCAUGUGUUUGAAGCUGUCUCCGGGCUUCCAGUAGCUCCGCGUAUGUCGACUCGAGGUGUGAUCUUUUAUGCUGUGUUUCACGUGUAGAUAUGUGUUCCACAAGGUCGGUUAUUUGUCGUCGAGAUUCUUUUCUCUUUUUGGAAGCCAGGUGCAUCAGUGUGCCUCCCAGAUCGUGGUUGCAAUGUGGUCUUCUGGUGCGUUGAGCGUAAAAUAUGAAUUGAGUUCUUAAGAGACCUGUCCUCUUACUGUUAGGUCAAGCAGUAGCGAGUCUUGGAGCCUCCAUGCCCACAAGGUUGGGUGCAUCCUUGGGGAAUCUAUCUUCAGAAUGACUGGUCCAUGGUCGGACCAUUGUGCAGCUCCUAUCUCCACUGUUUGAAUUGUCGUUAAUUGUUCUUGUUGUGUGAAUAUAUCAUCUAUUCUCGAGUCGCGUUUGUGGCUCGUGGAGUAGUGGGUGCUUUCCCUGUCGUUGGGAUGCAUUGCGCGCCAGCAAUCCACCAGCCGAAGGUUCUGUAAGGAUUUCAGUAUAUUUCGGAGAGCACCUUAAGUUAUGCAGUGGUGUCCUGUAGACAAGUAGGUGGGAGGGUGUAGUGGUACGUUGAAAUCUCCGCCUAGGAUCAAGGUUCCUUCUGUAAAGGAGUAGAGCCUGAGGAGGGUUUUGCGUAUGUAUUGUGCUUGGUUAUUGUUUGGGACGUCGAUUUUUGCGAAAGUGUAUCGUCUAUCUUGAAUAUCUCCUUUAAGGAAGAGGUACCUGCCAUUUGCAUCCGACAGUCGGUCUGCUUCGCGGAAUUGUAGCUUCGCCUCUAGGAGGAUAGCUACCCCGGCCCUGCGGGCUGUUGGAUGGUUACUACAGGCGGCAUUGGGAUAGUGCUUACUUUUCAGCAUUGGGGCUGCGCCCUCUUUGAAGUGCGUCUCUUGCAGGAAGGAAAUAGAUAUACGUCUGAUGUAGAGGUCCCGUAGGAGUUGUGUCCUGCGCUCCGGGAUGUUGAGACCAUGGCAGUUCAAGGAUAAGAUUCGGUAUGGGUCGGGCUUGUAUGUCGUGAGAGGGCGAGGGUCUACGGCGAUUCCCCCCGGCAUCGUGUCCCACAUGGGCGGGGGGAGUGGAGAGAGAGCGAGAGAGGGGGAUGAAAGAAGAAAAAAGAAGAGAGGGUGGGGAAAAAAGGGGGGGGACGGGUGGAGGUGUUGAGAGAGCUUGAAAAAUUGAAGCUCUUCACUCUCCUUCCCCUUCCAAGCAACGUUACCUCAGUUAGAAUUGAAGUUAGUAAGUGAGAAGUAGAGUGCUCGCCUCUGAUGAGAGACGGAGAUUACACCUAUAUGUAGGUGUCAAGUAACCCUCCUAGGAGGGAGUUUUCAUGUGACCACUGCAGCAAGCAACAGUCGGGUCUGCUAGAACAAGUCCAGCAGCGUCCAACUACCGCUUCCCCGUGGGAAGGGUUUGUUCACACGAAUAUGUUCGGGGUUAGUGGGUGUGUCCGGCAAGCAUCACCACUCUGGGUGAUUCCUCUUCUAUGUGAAGAGUUAGAUUAGAAUCGUGGGCAACCUACAGGUGCUCUGCCACCUUGUCAUGAGUCAUAUGUCACUUACGUGGAUUAGUGUAUACAGUGAGUUGUAUCGUCUGCAUAUGUCGUCUUUUUAGGAGACACGGUGUGGCCUUGGUGGGAGCUAACCUUGCCUAUAUCACAGUCCCCUGAGGGGGCAGUAUGAGUCCGUACAGAUCGUCAUGCAUUGCUGUAUGGUGAGGCGGGGAGAGAGCACAUCGUAACUUCAGGCUGGGGGGUUUAAGCCUGUAAAUAGGGGUGUCUGCCCGUGAGGGUCAACGAUCCGAUCAAGUUGUGCGUGUCCAUUGCUCAUCGUAAGGUCCAACGUGACACGGGGGUGUCGGGAGGGGGGCCAAGUCAGUAACCUGCAGCAGCUCAUGCUGUGUUUUUUGUAUGACACGGGUUGUCAGUUGUCUAGGAGGUGAGCUAGGCCAAUGUUAUCUGCCUACCUGAGGUGGGGAAGGUGCAUACACGUCACAUGGGAAAAUGCAUAACAUACAUGACAUUUCACCCAUCAUAUUGAGGCCUAAACUUGAGAUAGUCGGGUAUAUAAAAGCCUGUAUACAUGUACAUGGUAAAGUGCAUAUUAUACAUUACAUUUCUCCCUUUGCGUGUAGGCCUGGAUUUGAUACAAUUGGUUACAUAAUGGCCUGUAUACAUUCCACAAUUCCUAGGGUUGCCCCCACUCCACUCGCACCUACGCCCAUGUGGAGCAUGGCUAUCUGUUUGUUGUUCAUUUUUUCUAUUUUCCUUUUGUUUUCCUUUUUUCUCUCUCCCCCCCCUUCUUUCACCUUUCUUAUUUUUAUUUUUUAUUUCCUCUUCUCUUUCCCCCUCCCUCCUCUUCCCCCUUUGUUUUUUUCUCCCCUUUCCCCUUUCCCCCCAUCUCCCCUUUCUUUUUAUACUUUUAUCCCUUUUUUAACAUUUAUUUUUAAUUUUUUUUAUUUUUUUUAUUAUAGGAUAAUGAUUCAUGUAGACUCUCUCACCGUCCCCCUGUAUAUUGAGCUUCCCAAUCCGCCCUCUGUCCCCCCCCAUCCCCGCAUAAACCUGUAGUAGUGUGUCCUGCAUUCCGCCAAUCAUGGUCAGUCCGGGCGUAGCCAAAAGCUGGAAGGGUUCAGGUGUAGGGGGCAGUAGCUUAGAAGGCAGAUGUCCCAUGUCUCGUGCUAGUUACAGCCAUCGUCCUCAGGUGACAGAGCCCCUCCAAGCUAGUAAUGCCCUCCCAAAAGAGCCCAGCCAGCUCCAGGAGGAAGAAAAAGGGAAAAAAUGUGGGGGCAUGUGGGGUCCAAGUCACCGUAGGAAAGACAUGAGGGGGUGAUAGACCAUUAUCUUGACCCCUGUAGUGAGACAUGGAAGCCUCCCACCCGGUCUAUGGUAGCAAUAUGGGCAGAUCUAUCCCCGUCCCCCUCCCAAAGAGAAAAAAGGAAAAAAAAUUACAAGUGGCAGUCCAGGUGCCCACCCGAGCCAGUCGGCCAGCCUGCCGUGGCUAAGGUGUAGCUUAUGGGUCGCCUUUCACUAUAAUUCCUUCCUGUGCAGACCUGCUGGACCAUUGGGGCACAGGUGGGCUUGUUCCUGGCUGUAGCCAGCUAUUCUUCUGGGUAAGUCAAGGGGGGGGCAUGAGGCCCAGGUGGUUCUCCCUGGAGUCCCUCCGUGUUUGCCGGGGUGGUCUCUGGGUUCUCUAUCCAGUGGUUCCAGGAUCCAGUCCGGUACAGCUAUAGGUGUUAAAUCCAGACGCUACCGGAACCGUGGGAUUUCAUCCGGCCAGUGUGCGGCUACCCACUCAUUGCGGUGGCGCACCUGUAUGCUGAAGGGGAAGUCCCAUUUAUAUGGAAUAUUGCAUUCCCUGAGGGCAGCUGUUAUGGGUCUGAGGGCUCAUCGUGCUUCUAACGUGGCAGGGGAGAGGUCCUGGUAUAGAGAGACCUCAGUGCCCUGGUAUAGUCAUGUGAUCCGUGUUCUGGCGGAGCGCAUUAUGCGUUCCUUUAGGGGGAAGGAGUGAAGGCAGCAAAUGAGGUCUCGGGGGUCCCCUUCCCAGAGUCUGGGUCUCAGGGCCCUGUGCGCCCGUUCAAAGCGUAUCUCCGCUGGCACUUCUCCCCCUAGUAUCUGUCGGAACAGCCCGGUCAGCAGGACUUCCGCAUUCUCUUUUCCCUCCUGCUCAGGUACCCCUCUUACCCUGAUGUUGGAGCGGAGGCUGCUGUUGUCCAGGUCCUCCACUUGACGGCGCAGGGCCAGUAGCAUGCUGCCCUGUCUUGUUAGGGCUGUGUCAGCACCUGAUGUUUGGCGCUGCGUGAUCUGGGCCUGUGCUUCCAGAGCCUGUAUCCAGCUGCCCUGCGUAUUUAUGUCGGUCCUCAGUGCAGUCUCUGCUGAGGUGAGGGAUGCUGUGAGGGUAGAGGUAAGAGACUGCAGGUCAGCUUUUGUGACCAUGGUACUUGCCAGGCAUCUGAUCUCUGCUCCAAUAUCUGCCAGCGUGGGCUGCUCCUGGUCUGAGCUGGAGGAGGCCGGGGAAACGGGCGCCAUUUCGGAUCCAUGUGCCUCGCGGUUAGGCCUCAGCGGGGUUUAAAUGAAUCCGUCCAUCGGGCCCGAGGAGGGUGACCGGGGUGCAGCCCUGCCGGUCUGCGGGUGCUCCGCUUGCUUUGUGCGGUUAGUGGCUAUUAGUAGCGCGGUGGAGAGGAGCUCUGGAUUUAGGUGGCCAUGCUCCUGUAUUUACAUUUUAGGGUUAAAAAGACGAGGACCAUUGAGGUGAAAUAGUCAUGAAUAUUGUCAUUCUAAGCAGAGCUUUUUUUUUUAAUUCUUCUUUUUAUUUAUUUAAAAACUAAAACUACAGGCAGAUAACUAUUAUAAAAUGUAUCAUUAUUGAUGGGACACUAUAGACACCCAGACCACUUCAGCUCAUUGAAGUGUUCUGGUUGCUGUGUCCCUAUUGCAGUUAGACCUGCAAUGUAAAACAGUGCAGUUCCAGAGAAACUGCAAUAUUUACAUUGCAGCACUAAGUCUGCUCUCAGUGGCUGUCUACAACACAGCCACUGGGGGGCGCUUUCUGGAUCCAAAUGGACCUAUGAUUCGGUAACUGACCCUGGACGUCCUCACACUCUGCAUGAGGACAUCUAGCAUCAGGUCUAAUAUACUUAAGGCAUUUGUCGCACAUGCACAUUAGCGCCCACUCUCGCAAGACGUCGAACGACGCAGAGCCACGACCCAGGGCUGAGGGACAUCUGUGCUGGGAUCAGGUAAGUAAAAAAAAAAGAAAAGCGUUUUAAUCCCUUUAGCGUGGGGGCUGGGGGGCAGAAGGAGCUAUAGUGCCAGGAAUACAGCACCAGUUCUUGCCUGUUAGCCAUUUUUCCAAAAAAGAAACAAGUACAUUUUGAGAUUCUGUCUAGAAAUUGAAUAGACACCUGACCUAAGCUGGUACAUUAGAUUAUACAUUUAGACAAACUCCUAAAACCUAUAUGUGUAAAAACACACAUUAGUCAGAACAUGACUGAAUGCUUUUUGUGGGAAGAAAGUGUUUCAAACCAAAUUGCAAAUCUUUUACAACCCCUUAAAGGUGAUGACUGAGACUCUUAAAUGCAAGUAAUUUUUAAUGUUCUGUUAUCUCUAGUAAGUAUAAGUUUUAUUUUUUCAUUUUAGAAGUAACUUAUGUAAUUUGAUCAGUUUGCACUUAGGUGUCUGAAUUUCUUUAAUGAUACAAGUGUGUCUGAUUCGCCUAGAGCUCUUUGUUCAUCCUACUUGAAUCCUUGUCUGCUUCUGUGUUCCUGAGAAACUGGUUUAAAUGAGAAAAGGAAUAUUGGAAGAAAAAGAAUAAAGGGAUAUUCUAAGCACCAUAACCACUACUGCUGAUUGUAGUAGUUAUGGUGCUAUAAGAGUAUGGGUGUCACCUGCUGGAUUUCUGUCAAACUGAUUUAAAGCUGAUUGAUAGAAACCAGGUCUCUCUUUCACACCCAUAAUGAUAUGAUGGAGAAUGCAGGAACAUAUCCUGUGGCUGCCUCUCAGCCUAUAAAGCAUAAUCUUUGGUUCUGCUUCAUGUCUGCUAUGUAUUAAUUAGUAGCUAUUUUGGCUGUUGUUUUUCCUUUGGUUUUCUCUCUAUAGUCCCAAACUCUCUCUAGUUUUCCUGUGUCGUCACCUGAAUCACAGAUGUGGCUCCAUGAAAUGCAAUGUGGAUGUGGACUUGCAGGUGCUCUUUAUGCCAAAUGUGUCCUCCUUUUUUGCAUUUUACAAAAAGUGAACAUUUCAGUAGAAAUUGGCAAUUUUAUAAAUACCCUUGUUGCACUCCCAAGUUAUUUUCAGAUAUACCCUCAAUGCACAAAAAAAAUGCAUGCAUGUUUUCAUUGGGGAUAUAUCUAUUACAUAGUGGUGUUUAUUUUUGUAUGCAGAAUCUAUUUUAACCAUAGAAGGUGAUAAUUUAAACACAGUCAAUAAUAAGAGAAAUGUGACAUUAAUAGCGUGUCAUAUUCAGGAAUCAGCCUAGCGUUUGCUGUCAGUGUUUUUGUAAUAAGUACAUUGAUUUUCCAGGUUGCAUCUGAUGCCAAAUGGCAAGCACAAUCUUCAUCUACGAUAUCCAGAUGAAUUCAAGAACCUAGUGGAAGAUUUUCUGUGUUGA